AUGGCUAUCAACUACCUAAUUCUCCUUUCUCGGCAAGGCAAAGUGCGCUUGGCCAAAUGGUUUACCACGUUGUCCCCCAAGGACAAGGCCAAAAUUGUCAAGGACGUCUCACAGCUCGUGCCUCUCGAAUGUUGCAUCUUCGCCCGCUGGCUAACUUGGUUGCUAGACACCAAAAUCGUCUACCGCCGAUAUGCGUCGCUAUUCUUUAUCGCCGGUUGCUCCUCCGAGGACAACGAACUGAUCACGCUCGAAAUUAUCCACCGCUAUGUCGAACAAAUGGACAAGUACUACGGCAAUGUCUGCGAGCUCGACAUCAUCUUUUCUUUCACCAAAGCUUAUUAUAUCUUGGACGAGCUCCUGCUGGCCGGCGAGCUGCAGGAGAGCAGCAAGAAGAACAAGCGAUUCUUUUUCGUCAUUUAG